CGAGCUAAGCUGUGGUUUUGAAACUCAGUGCGGAGGAAAAGUGCUAUCGGGAAGGUUGGAGUCUGUCGGUCAAGAAAGCUAAUCUUAUACGUUAUUUAUAUCGUUUCACGGGGGAAGCAACAUGGCUUCGGGUGGAGAAUCCAAAAAUGAUGAUCUUUCUACUGCCAUUCUGAAGCAAAAGAACAGACCUAACAGGUUGAUUGUUGAUGAAUCCAUCAAUGAAGACAACAGUGUGGUCUCCCUCUCUCAGGCCAAGAUGGAUGAGCUUCAGCUUUUUAGGGGGGACACUGUGUUGCUGAAGGGUAAGAAGAGAAGAGAAACUGUCUGCAUCGUGCUGUCUGAUGAUACAUGCUCUGACGAGAAGGUGCGCAUGAACAGGGUGGUCCGCAACAACCUUAGGGUGCGCCUUGGAGAUGUCAUCAGCAUUCAGCCAUGUCCAGAUGUGAAGUAUGGGAAACGCAUCCAUGUUCUGCCCAUAGAUGACACAGUGGAAGGGAUCACUGGCAACUUAUUUGAGGUGUACCUCAAGCCGUAUUUCCUGGAGGCUUAUAGGCCAAUCCGCAAAGGUGAUAUCUUCCUGGUGAGAGGAGGCAUGCGUGCUGUAGAGUUUAAAGUGGUGGAGACUGACCCAAGCCCUUACUGUAUAGUGGCUCCAGACACAGUCAUUCACUGUGAAGGGGAACCUAUCAAGCGCGAGGAUGAGGAGGAAUCGCUCAACGAGGUGGGCUAUGAUGACAUUGGAGGUGUCAGGAAGCAGCUGGCUCAGAUCAAAGAGAUGGUGGAGCUCCCACUCAGGCACCCAGCACUCUUUAAAGCCAUCGGAGUGAAGCCUCCCCGUGGCAUUCUGCUGUACGGACCCCCUGGAACUGGAAAAACUCUCAUUGCUCGUGCUGUUGCAAAUGAAACUGGAGCAUUCUUUUUCCUAAUCAACGGUCCUGAAAUCAUGAGUAAACUGGCUGGAGAGUCUGAGAGCAACCUGCGUAAAGCUUUUGAAGAAGCUGAGAAGAACGCCCCUGCCAUCAUCUUUAUUGAUGAACUGGAUGCUAUUGCACCCAAGAGAGAGAAGACACACGGUGAAGUGGAGAGGCGCAUCGUGUCUCAGCUGCUCACCCUGAUGGACGGCCUGAAGCAGAGGGCUCACGUAAUCGUCAUGGCAGCCACCAACAGACCCAACAGCAUUGACCCAGCUCUCAGGCGAUUUGGACGCUUUGAUAGAGAGGUGGACAUUGGCAUUCCUGAUGCGACAGGAAGACUGGAGAUCCUGCAGAUCCACACCAAGAACAUGAAGCUGGCUGACGAUGUGGACCUGGAGCAGGUUGCCAACGAGACUCAUGGCCAUGUGGGCGCUGAUCUCGCUGCCCUGUGCUCAGAGGCUGCACUGCAGGCCAUCCGCAAGAAGAUGGACCUCAUCGACUUGGAGGAUGAGACAAUUGAUGCAGAAGUCAUGAACUCUCUGGCUGUCACCAUGGAUGACUUCAGGUGGGCCCUGAGCCAGAGCAACCCAUCUGCUCUUCGUGAGACAGUGGUUGAGGUGCCCAAUAUCACCUGGGAGGACAUCGGAGGCCUUGAUGAUGUCAAGAGAGAACUUCAGGAGCUUGUGCAGUACCCAGUGGAACAUCCAGACAAAUUCCUUAAGUUUGGUAUGACCCCAUCCAAGGGUGUGUUAUUCUAUGGACCACCUGGUUGUGGUAAAACUCUCCUGGCUAAAGCUAUUGCCAAUGAGUGCCAGGCCAACUUCAUUUCUAUCAAAGGACCUGAACUGCUCACCAUGUGGUUUGGGGAGUCUGAGGCCAAUGUCCGUGAGAUCUUUGAUAAGGCCCGUCAAGCUGCCCCCUGUGUGCUCUUCUUUGAUGAGUUGGACUCCAUUGCAAAGGCCCGUGGUGGAAGUGUGGGUGAUGGUGGUGGAGCCGCUGACCGUGUCAUUAACCAGAUCCUGACCGAAAUGGAUGGCAUGUCCAGCAAGAAGAACGUCUUCAUCAUCGGAGCCACCAACAGACCAGACAUUAUUGACCCUGCCAUCCUCAGGCCCGGUCGUUUGGACCAGCUCAUCUACAUCCCACUGCCCGAUGAGAAGUCUCGCAUGGCCAUUCUUAAGGCUAACCUCAGGAAGUCCCCCAUUGCCAAGGACGUGGACCUGGACUUCCUGGCCAAGAUGACCAAUGGGUUCUCCGGUGCUGAUUUGACAGAGAUUUGCCAGAGAGCCUGUAAGCUGGCCAUCCGUGAGUCCAUUGAGAAUGAGAUCAGGAGGGAACGUGAGAGACAGACCAACCCCUCAGCAAUGGAGGUGGAGGAGGAUGACCCCGUUCCUGAGAUCAGGAAGGACCACUUUGAAGAAGCUAUGCGCUUCGCCCGCCGCUCCGUCAGCGAUAACGACAUCCGCAAAUACGAGAUGUUCGCACAGACCCUGCAGCAAAGCAGAGGCUUUGGCAGCUUCAGAUUCCCCUCCAGUAACCAGGGAGGAAGUGGACCAAGCCAGGGCUCUGCUGGCGGCAGUGGAGGGACCAUCUUCAAUGAGGACAACGAUGAUGACCUCUAUGGUUAAAUGUGACCACAUGGCUGAUCUACCCAAAUACAGGCCACCAUGUACAAAACAGAAAACCAACCGAUGAAAAUUCCACAUUUUUAGGACUCUGUGCUUCUUUGAUGGUUUUUUUUUCUUUUUUUUUCUUUCUUUUUCCGUUUUUUUAUUAUUAUUAUUAUUAUCCUCUUUUCCUCCUCUCUUCCCCCCCAUUGUUGGAGAAAAGCAUGUAGCUGCUUGUAUUUUGCUCUGGUUUGUGAUUACUGCAGAACCUUGAUCUUAACGUAAUGUGGGUGGGGGUGCGUUUAAGUGAAUAAAUACACGGUAGAGUGGCUUCAUUCUUAACUUUUCACAACCUCUACAAGCAGCUUUAGUGGCGGGAUUUAAUGCUAGCCUGUUGAAAGAAUAAAAAAAAAAAGGAAAAAAAAUGCUAAUGACUUCAUUUUUUAUGAAUGUAGCAUAUAAUGUAUUACAAGUUUGAAAAAUGUUAAAAUAAAGUUCACAAAAUGGGCCCAACUUUAA